AUGAGGGAGAUCAUAAGCAUCCACAUCGGCCAGGCCGGGAUCCAGGUCGGUAACGCGUGCUGGGAACUCUACUGCCUCGAGCACGGGAUCCAGCAGGAUGGCACCAUGCCCAGUGAUAGCACAGUUGGGGUCGCGCACGAUGCAUUCAACACAUUCUUCAGUGAGACCGGUGCCGGCAAGCAUGUCCCCAGGGCCAUCUUUGUGGACCUUGAGCCCACUGUCAUCGAUGAGGUGCGCACUGGUGCCUACCGCCAGCUCUUCCACCCGGAACAGCUCAUCUCAGGGAAGGAGGAUGCCGCUAACAACUUUGCCCGUGGACAUUACACUGUUGGAAAGGAGAUUGUAGAUCUAUGCCUGGACCGUGUGCGCAAGUUGGCAGACAAUUGCACUGGGCUGCAGGGAUUCUUGGUGUUCAAUGCUGUCGGUGGUGGAACUGGAUCAGGACUUGGUUCUCUGUUGUUGGAGCGUCUCUCAGUGGAUUAUGGCAAGAAGUCUAAGCUUGGUUUCACCAUUUAUCCUUCUCCACAGGUCUCAACAGCUGUCGUAGAGCCAUACAACAGUGUCCUCUCCACCCACUCUUUACUUGAGCACACCGAUGUUGCUGUUCUCCUAGAUAACGAGGCCAUCUACGACAUAUGCCGGAGGUCUCUUGACAUCGAGAGGCCAACCUACACCAACUUGAACAGGCUGAUAUCACAGAUCAUAUCUUCACUUACCACCUCCCUGAGGUUUGAUGGUGCCAUCAAUGUGGAUGUCACAGAGUUCCAGACCAACCUUGUCCCAUACCCACGUAUCCAUUUCAUGCUUUCAUCAUAUGCCCCUGUUAUCUCUGCGGAGAAGGCUUACCAUGAGCAGCUCUCCGUGCCUGAAAUCACCAAUGCUGUCUUUGAGCCCUCGAGCAUGAUGGCCAAGUGUGACCCUAGGCACGGGAAAUACAUGGCUUGCUGCUUGAUGUACCGUGGUGAUGUUGUUCCUAAGGACGUCAAUGCUGCAGUUGCAACCAUCAAGACCAAGAGAACUGUCCAGUUUGUUGACUGGUGUCCCACUGGAUUCAAGUGUGGAAUCAACUACCAGCCACCUUCUGUUGUCCCUGGAGGCGACCUGGCGAAGGUUCAGCGUGCUGUGUGUAUGAUCAGCAACAACACUGCUGUUGCCGAGGUAUUCUCACGCAUUGACCACAAGUUUGACUUGAUGUACGCCAAGCGUGCGUUCGUACACUGGUACGUCGGUGAGGGUAUGGAAGAGGGAGAGUUCUCAGAAGCCCGUGAGGACUUGGCUGCGCUUGAGAAGGAUUACGAAGAAGUUGGUGCCGAAGGCGCAGACGACGAGGGCGAUGAGGGAGAUGACUAUUGAGUAGCUGGUUAAUAAGUAGUUGGCUGGUUAAUGAUUGGUUUGAUAUGUAUACUCGGUAUGGUUCCAUUGCCCUUGCGUAUUGCUGUUAUGCGUGUUUCCUUUUUUUGUAAUGUUGCUAAAUUGUUAGUCUCUGCGGGUGGCCAUGAUUGUUCAUAUCCUUUCCAUUUUGGUUUUCGAUGCUACUCGUCCCUUAUGUGGUGUAUACGCCACUCUUUAGCUGAAUUGCAAAUAUUGUAUGCUCCCUAAUGCACUGUGCCAUGUAACUACCGAUAUUUCCUAUUGAUCUCUUGUGCUUAGUAUA